CGCCGUCCUACAUCGCCUUCUCAGAGACAACCUCACGGCCUGUCAAUAGGACGAAGCCUGGCCCGAACACCAAACAAUGGACGUAGCUGUUUGCCGGUACAUACAUUCCAAAGCAGGUCAUCCGAGGAUUGGUUGGGAUGUGGACCGAAGGUGAACGGGUUUUCUACUGCACAAACCCAAAAGUGAAUGUUUUCCUGACUACAAUUGUUCGAUUUCUUUACACGUCCUGUCACUACCUCUUACCGACCACGUCAAACCCACAGCACUCAUUUGACCAAAAGAGAUCGCAGCACAUGACGAUCUGAGAAAGCUGGACGACGCUUUUCACCGAUCAGGGCAAUUUCCAUCUCCCAAGAGAUGUUUCCAUCACAAGGACCUCCCAAUCAGGGAGGCGGUGACCUCGAGGCGCGCCUCCGUUGUCUCAUCUUGAACAACGCAAAUACAACUCCUCCUGGAACUGGCCACCCAGCUCCCUCUGCACCGCCAACUCACGUGCAGAGCAUGACCCCAUCUGGACAGCAAGAAAAUCCUGCUGCAACACCCGUCCAAGGUGGCGAUCUGGAGCAAUCGUCCUUUGCUAGUCGAAAACGACCCAAUCAGGCACAGAGACGUCAAAUGAACUCUCAAUUGUCCAUUCCAAUUGAUACUAGGCCUAUCCCUGGUGCCCAAGCUGGAAGAGUAUCUUUUGGCCAACAAAGUCACAGUCCAUGGGGACCUCCCAGCCAUCAGGGACAAUUUCAUAAUCAUCAAAACCAAAGGUAUCAAAAUCAGCAGCACUCGCCUCGAUUCCAGAACCCAGGCUCUGGAUCUCCUUACUCGUCUCGAACUCCUUUCCCACAGGCGUCUCCUCAAUCACCAAUGCACAAUCACCAGUCAGGACCAAGUCCGCAAUUUCAGCCCAGACAUCACAAUCAAUUCCAGCAGCAACAGCAACCAGGCUCUUUCGCACGACCGCCUGCUCAGAACCGACAGCUCUAUCAGCCCGGUCCCAAUCAAGGUCAAGGACGAGGACGUAUGUUUCCUCAAAAUGGUGAAGAGAUAGCCAUCCAGAGCGCGCAUCUCGAAAAUCUUGCUCAAGAGCGCGUACCCAUUGUGGGCAUCGAUUCCGUGGAAGAGGCCGAAAAGGAAGAAUUCAGAGCUGUAGUCGAGAAAGUUUGUCAAGCAGCUAUUGUCCAGUACGAGAAGGAAGACCUCGGGAAUGACAAAUUCGACACAUCAACUGUGGAACUGCAGUGCUUCGGUAGCUUGAAAUCAGGCUUCGCGACCAAGGCUUCUGACAUGGACCUUGCUCUUCUUACGCCCAAAUCCAAUCCGGCCCCUGAUUGUCCGGAAUCUCCUAUCCCACGCCUGCUGGAAAGAAAACUAUUGGACUUAGGUUAUGGCGCUCGGCUUUUGACAAGAACGAGAGUUCCGAUUAUCAAGCUCUGCCAAAAGCCCACCGAGAAGCUACUUUCCGACUUGUUGGAAGAACGUGCUAAGUGGGAGAGUGGAUUUGUCGCCGAGCCAGAAGAUGAGGACGAAGAAAUACAUGACGCUGAGACGCCUGAUGAGACCAAAGAGAGGCCGAAAAUGCAGAGUACCGGAAACCAAGCAAACUCUAUAACCUCUGCAACAGAAGCUGCCCCCCCUAAGUCCAGGCGGGAGUCUUCAGAUCAAAAGCAAAUCGCAUUCAAGCAGAAGGACAAACAAUCCUUAGGUGAAUACUACAUCUCAGCAAAACGCCUCUUGAAAAAGCUCGGGGGUCGUGACUUGACGUCUACCUCACCCGAUCUCAGCGAAGAGGAAAGUAGGGUCCUUAAUUCUGUCUGCAAGGCCUUCAUAUCCGGACUCUCCUCUGAGGCUUUGUCAACUCGCCUGCGCAAGUACAACUCGAUUGCACCAUUAUUCGACCCAUCACUCCCUCCCGUACAGCGGACACUCCAAGGAAUCUGGAAUCAAGUCGAAGGAGAGCGAUUGGCAAUGGCAUGGGAGUCUCGCCCACUUACCGAAUCAGAAGACAAACAGGAAUACGAGUGUUUGACUAUCGUUGAAGCAUGGCGAACCCUACAAGACAAGCACGGACCCCUCACGGAGUCAUCAAUAUAUAACAGACAGCUGUAUUCUGCCUCCGAGAAGUUGAAAAAAAUCAGUUCUCUGCAAUUGCUAUUUCUCGAACAGAUCCAAUAUGAGGAUCCAGUUUUUUACCAUGGCCGGGCUUUGAAAAUCAUCAAUGAUCUCAAGGCUCGCGAUCAGCCGAAUUCAGGGGACAAUGUGACACCGAUCAUCAUUGCUCAUUACGUUGCAGGCGUCAGCAACAAUUCGAUACGUGAAGUUCUGCAGAACUCUCCCCACGCAGGCGCAACACUACAACAGAUUGCUCUUCACCAUCGCGCAUUGCAGCUCGCAAUCGACUACGAGCAUGCUCUGAAGUCUUCCUAUUUUGAAGAUUGUGACCGAGGUACUGUUGAAGAGUACGUCAGUCUCCUCAGAAGCCGAAACUUUUACCGACAAAAUGUCCCGACCGAAUCAGAGAUCAACUUCAUAGCAAAGAUUCGCACUCUUCCGGACCCAACUCAAGUAUCACCUAACAAACCACGAGAUCGGUACAAAGAUCAUCUGGAAUUCCCAAAAACGGACAUCGGCAUCCAAUGUGAUAUCAACUUCUCUGCCCACCUUGCUAUUCACAACACCCAGCUUCUACGAUGCUAUUUUCACAGCGAUCCGCGUGUAAAGACAAUGAUCCUUUUCAUCAAGCAUUGGUCGAAGGUUCGUGGGAUCAAUACGCCUUACAGAGGAACUUUGAGUAGCUAUGGGUAUGUUCUAAUGGUGCUACACUAUCUCGUCAACGUCGCACAACCAUUUGUAUGCCCCAACCUUCAAGCAGUCAACCAUAAUCCGCCAGAAUACCUGCCACCUGCAGAGGUCGAAGCACGCACAAUCUGCAAAGGCCGAGAUGUGCGUUUCUGGCGCAAUGAAGCCGAGAUCAAGAACCUAUCCGAGAGGAAGAUGCUGAAUCACAACCAUGAUUCGGUGGGCGUUUUACUGAGAGGUUUUUUCGAGUAUUUUGCCCAAAAUGGCCAGAUGUCGACGGUGGGCAACAAGGGAUUUGACUGGGGUCGUGAGGUCUUGAGUUUACGGACAAUGGGUGGGAUUUUGACGAAACAGGAGAAAGGAUGGACUGGAGCAAAAACGGUGAUCGAGACAUCGACGAUUGCUGCACCCCCAACACCAUCGUCAGCAACCAUGCCUGAGGCUCGCAGCAAGCCUGAAGCUUCACCUGGUGAGCAAGCGGAAGAAGUGAAGACACCAAAGCUGCCAGCGAAGACCAUGGAGGAGACGAAAGAAAUUCGCCACCGAUACCUUUUUGCCAUCGAAGAUCCUUUCGAGCUAGACCAUAAUGUUGCGAGAACCGUGACGCACAAUGGCAUCGUUUCAAUUCGGGAUGAGUUCAGACGUGCCUGGCGUAUCAUCAGGAGCAUUGGGAAACCUUACGAGGGCCAGGAAGGAAGAUUGUUGGAUCCAGUGACGAGUCGGGAUGACAACAAAAGCGGUUUGCAAGAAUUGUUGACCAUGAUUCACGGAGCGGCUCCUAAGUCCAAGGCGGCGUACCAGGAGAUUCAGACAUAAAGCAUCAUGCAUCCGGCGGAGUUUUCUGUGGGACACACAUUGGCGUGUUGAUUUCUAAAUCAGAGAUACCUGCUCGCCGAAUUGAGAGUUAUUUGAACCAAGUACCUUUGCACGAUUCAUGUCCAAAUAGUGGUUACCAUCAUUGAGCAAGUUUCUUCCCAUUCAACGUUCGAGCAUAAGUCCUGCAUCUGCACAGCAUCGUCCCACC